CAUUCAAGUUGGUGCAGCUCGUCAGCGUUUAUCUUUAUUAUUUCCGCUUUUAUCUAACGCGUUUUUAAGCCCCGCCCUUGAACAAUUUCCCACUGUCCCCUUCCAACUGCAUAAAAACCUCUAGAACACAACUUCGCCUUCAGUUUUUUCCUUCACAAACCCUGAAAUCCCAAAAACAAAAAAAAAAAUCUCCUGUACAGUAAUCCCGAACUGAAAUCUGAAAUUGAUUGCUAAAUCUUUCGACGGAAAAAGAGUUGAAGAUAAUCCAGGUGAAGAGAGGUAGAGAGAGAAAGAGGGUUUAAGAGGAUGCUAAGAUCGUGCUGUUUUCGGUGUUUGGGCCGGAGGAACGGCGACGGCUUGCUCUGGCACAUGGACUUGAAGCCGCACACCACCGGUGAAUUCUCGAUCGCUGUCGUGCAGGCGAAUUCGAGCCUCGAGGAUCAGAGCCAGGUUUUCACGUCGCCGUCCGCCACCUACGUCGGAGUUUACGACGGCCACGGCGGGCCAGAGGCCUCCCGAUUUGUCAAUCGCCACCUGUUCCCUUACCUCCACAAAUUUUCCUCAGAACAUGGGGGGUUGUCAGCAGAAGUAAUAAAGAAGGCAUUCAAUGCCACAGAAGAGGAUUUCACUCACUUAGUGAAGAGAUCAUUACCUGUCAAGCCACAAAUAGCUUCGGUUGGGUCCUGUUGCUUGGUAGGUGCGAUUUCGGGUGGUGAAUUGUAUGUGGCCAACUUAGGAGACUCGAGGGCUGUUCUCGGCAGAAAGGGUUUUGAUGGGGAGAAAAAGUUGGUGGCAGAAAGGUUAUCCACAGACCAUAAUGUCUCGUGCGAGAAGGUGAGAAUGGAGGUUGAAGCUCUCCAUCCAGACGAUAAACCUGUUGUGGUUUAUUGCAGAGGGGUCUGGAGAAUCAAAGGAAUUAUCCAGGGUACUCGUCAAUUCGUUACUCUUCCAGGAAUCACAUGCUUUGCCUCUUGCCCGUCUCAUGUUGUAGCUGAAGUCAUAGUAACCCUGCCUUCCGGACAUGAGAUUGGUGUUCGUGGUUGCCCGGUAUCGAGAUCAAUUGGCGACAUUUAUUUAAAGAAACCCGAGUUCCAUCGAGAUCCAAUUUUCCAACAAUACGCAAAUUAUAUUCCCAUGAAGCGACCAGUUUUGUCCUCCGAACCUUCCAUCGUGACUAGAAAGCUGAGACCACAUGAUUUGUUCGUAAUUUUCGCGUCUGACGGUCUUUGGGAGCAUCUCAGUGAUGAUGCAGCCAUUCAGAUAGUGUCAAAGCACCCAAGAGCUGGAAUAGCCAAGAGACUAGUGGCAGCUGCUAUCGAGGAAGCCGCGAAGAAGAGGGAAGUGAGGUACAAAGACAUCAAGAAAAUCGAGAAGGGAAUCAGACGGCACUUUCAUGAUGACAUCACCGUUAUCGUUAUGUACCUAGAUGAUCACAAAACCUCGGUAGAUUCUAACGGCAAGCAAAGUGCCAUCGGCAGUUUCACUCCCCCAGUCGACAUAUAUUCCUAUAAUGUGGAUGAAGCUGUUGAGCAUUCGGGUGACAGGAUUUUCCCCCAACGAUGAACUUGCUAACAUCCUGAAGUAUAAAAUUAUUGGUGUAGAUAAUAAUUAUAGUAGUAAAAGGGGUUUGGUGAUAGGGAGAGCUUGUUUUGAAGUAUACUAGGCUCUGAACAUCAACUUAAGUAUACAUAAUAUUCUUUUUGUUCUUUUAUGGGUUGGCUGUAGUCUUUUGGUGUUUUUGGCCAUCAGAGUUUUCCUGAUGGUUUUUAAUUUCCACCACUGGAUGUUGUUGAACAAUGAUCAGUUUGUUUGAAUUUUAUUUUUCUUUUAUUUUCCUUUUUUUUUUUCUCAUAAGUCAAGGCAACAGUAUGUUAUGAAAAGCUCCUACCUUGGUCCAUUUGUCCACCACAUAGUGCAAAUUGUGAUACAUAUAACAUAAUACAUGAUAUGAUAUUUGCUAAAUUCAAUCAUUCAGUAAUAUUUAAACAUAC